UGGUGAUUCAAACAAUGGUCCGGGAGGUCUUAAAGCCUACCCGGGUGUCGGUUCAUCAAUGCAUCCGCCUUCUGGGGAAGAUGGUUGCCGCCUACGCCUCACUUACACAUGCACAAGAGGAUACGCCUGUCUCCGAAAAGCCAGGAUUUCACUCCUCUGGGGGCUACAACUUCCACACCUUCUGGAAGGCCGAAGGGUCGGAAUUCAAGACUGGAUCCUUUUAACCACAGAUGCAAAUCUAAGAGGUUGGGGAGAAAAGGGCGUGGCUUCGUAGGAGUGCCGGGUCGCUAGCCAUGCCCCCCCCAUUUUACGUCAGUAUGGGGACAUGGCCAGCGCUCUGUGAGCUGCUUUCAUGCCCCCUGUCCCUCCGUCUCUAGGGAAUAGACGCUGUGCGCAUGCACACAGCGUCUAUUCACUGCUGCUCUGAACUGAGCAGAGCAGUGAGUGUCUGUUACAGAAAUAGUGACGGAGGCUGCAGUGUGCUUCAUGUCUUACAUGCACGUUACACAAUGUCAGAUGUAGUACAGAGAUUACAGAGGAGCCGGAUCCAGCAACUUCCUCUUCUCACCAUUUCCUCAUUGUGUGCAGUGCUGUCAUGUGACCCGGGUGUUCCUCCUGUAUAACUGAUCGCGUGACCUUCACCGUACUGUACUGUAACCCUCCGUACAUACAAUAUGUGAUCAGCGCGGUGGGAAUCUGUGACAGAGAGGACAAGCACUCCUCUUCAGCCCCCCACCCAAAUCCAGGAGGUAAAGUCCAGGGGGACGGGGAGGGGGGGAAUUUACACAGUGUGCUGUAGGUUCUCUCACCCUGCGAAUACACUAUGGACCAAGGACAAAGUACUGAAGAUACUUGCUCCAAGCCUCCGGUACCUGCAGGCAAUUCUUAUCCUAACGACCACAAUGAAUUUCAAAAUUUCCACCAGCAGUUGGUUGAGUAUGAAAUGUAUGAGCUGAGGAGGGUUUACAAGUAUUUCUGGAAUGACCUAAUCUACAUUGUGGAAUGUUUGGACACUCACAGCCUCCUGAGGGAUCUAAAGUCACGGACUCCACUUAAUCUAGAGAGCUACCCAAAAAUUAAAGAAGACCUUGGCGUCACCAGAUUUUCUACACAGUUGGUACAUGACAUUUUCAAGGAAGGAAGAGAUACUGUUCUAGGAUUUUGGGAAAGCCUUCAUGCAGUACAAAGGGAUCACCCACAUCCUAAUUGGAUUGAGAUUUUGAGUGAAUUAAUCAAUACAGGUGAUACGCUGGUGCAGCAGAUCCUGCUGGAUAAAAACGGGCACAACUUGCCCCCAGAGGUGAAAGAUAUUCAGGAAAGGCAUAGGCAACAUCUUCUGGAGAAAACUCAGAGCUACAUGGAACACAAACCCCCAGGGUCUACCCAGGAACAGCAACAGUUCUACAUUUCUGAACGUUACAUCAAAUUGAUUGUUGUCUCUACCGAUCAUUUCAGACAGCGUCCUCAGAAUGAGCUGGUGCACACUGGGCAGAAACACGAGAAAUACUUAAAGAAGCAACAGAAUGAGCUGAAACAUAUUUAUGUCGAUAGGUUGUUCCACUGGUGUCACGAAUCAAAAUGUGUGCCACAUAGAGUAAUGGUGAGCGGAGUACCGGGCAUUGGGAAGACCACACUGAUGCAGAAGUUUGUCUAUGACUGGGUGCAUAGAAAACUCUAUCAGAGAUUUGCCUUUGUCUUCUUCUUCAAAUCCCGUGAGCUGAACAGACUGGAGAAGACCAGCUUGGAGGAGAUGGUCCUUCAGCAAUAUCCAUACCUUCAGAGUCAGCUUGGAAAUAUCUUACAGGAUCCAGAAAAACUGCUCUUUAUAUUUGAUGGCUUAGAUGAAAGCAUUCACCAAAUGGAUUUCACAUCAAAGAAGGUGUGCAGCAAUCCAAAACAGGUGGAAGAUACAAACACAAUUGUUGGUUGCUUAUUGAAAGACUUUCUUCUUAAGGGUUGCUCUGUGCUAAUGACCAGUCGUCCAACCAAACUAGUAGCAAUUGAUACUAAUGUCUUCCAACGAGUAACUGAAAUUAUGGGCUUCUUUUUUAGGGAAAGACAGAUGUACUUUGAACAUUUCUUCAGAAACAAGGAACUGUCGGAGAAGGCGUUUGAUUAUGUCAGGGAGAAUGACGCACUCUACACUUUCUGUUAUAUCCCAUCCUACUGUUGGAUCAUCUGUACGGUACUAUCAAUGUGCUUCAAGGCCCAACCGGCAAACCAUGAGCAGCUGAUGUUAAUAUUGCCCAAAACAGUAACUCAACUCUUUGGGACUUUUGUCGCCAACAUUCUGUCCAAUCACAAUCAGGAUAAAUGUGGUGCUCGCGAACUGGUGAAGUCCAUUGGGUGGAUGGCAGAACAUGGAGUAAUGAAUCAUCUUCUUAUAUUUGAUAAGCGAGAUUUGGGAUCUUUCAGUAUAGAUGAUUCCUCCCGUCUCUUGUCAAGUUUCAUGAUGGAAUCUGACCAACCACCUAAUAUCACCUAUUCCUUCUUACAUCUCACCAUCCAGGAGUUCCUUGCAGCAUUGUUUCACUAUCUUGAUAAUUGUCCGGAAAAGUUGAAAAAGUCUCUACAGAAAGCCCAAUCUUUUGAAGACUGUCUUGGGGAAGUUUUUGUUCGUUUUCUUUGUGGUCUAUCGGAUGUGUCCACCAGAUCCAUUCUGAAACCUUACCUAGGAGAAUUUACCAGUCAGUCAUCCAGGGACGUCAUCACCUGGCUUCAGAAACAUCGCCAUGAAUUAGAUGCUCUACUCACAAAUGAACAGGACAAAAGGAAGACUCUGAAUUUAUUCACCUAUUUCUAUGAAUCUAAAAAUAAGGCUCUAGUAUAUGAAACUCUCGGACCCAACAGAAAAUUAGAUUUUAAUCGUUUCUCCUUGACGCCUCUUGAUUGCACAGUCUUGUCCUUUAUUCUUGAGUCCUGCAGACAUACAGAGGAGCUCGAUGUUAGCAGUUGCUCAAUUGCAAAUGAGGGACUGGAGAGGCUUGCUCCAAAUCUACACACAGUUGUAGACCUCAGAAUGUCUGGUAAUGGUCUGACGGAGAGUGUGUGUUCCCUGCUGGCAUCUGCAAUACCUAGGAACCUGUCACUGAGGGAACUUACAUUGUCGGGUAACAAGAUAGCUGGUCCUCCCUUCCAUGACGUGAUAACAGCUCUAUCCAGUCCAACAUGCAAAAUGGAGAAACUAGAAUUGAGUAAUACCGGCCUGACAGACGACUUCUCACCCCGGCUGGCAUUUCUUAUCAGUAACAAUCAUUUCCUGAAGGAGAUUGGCCUGUCCGAUAACGCACUGAAGGGGCCGCACUUCGGUGAGUUGAUGAGGACACUGGCAAGCCCAGAGUGCAGGCUAGAACAUAUGAGUUUGACCAUUGAUGAUUUUACAGAGAAUUCUUGUUCACAGUUUAUGUCGGCAAUAACCGGUAACCAAUCUCUACGUCAGUUUGCUCUGUGUAGUAAUAAUAUGGAUGAAUCUCAAUUUGGUGAAUUGCUGACAGCGCUCUCAAGUCCGAAGUGCAGUCUAUCAAGGUUUAUUACGAAAGCAAGCCACCACUUCCAGAACACAAGCAACACUGUCAAGAGCUGUGGAUGCUGGCGAUACAGGAACUUCAACAUCGCAUCACAGUCCACAAAGACGUCCUUCACAGGGGUCUGGUAGCCACACGAGCAGGCCUAGCAAGAGACGUCAUCCUGAUGUCGCACCAACACCAGCAUUAAGCACACCCCCACGUCGUAUUUCAACUGUGUUGCCUCUGCCACCAGAACACAUUUUGGAGAGUACUCAAUCACCGGGACCACAUUCCUCUCAGCUGUCUGAACCAGACAUCAUGCCCCCGGAAGCCCAGCAGGAAUCUGAACAGGAAACAUACACCCUCCAUCUGCAAGCAAUAGAUGUUAACCAACCAAGCACGCCUCAGGAAAGUACCCCGCACCUCAAAUGUCACCACACCCACAACUGCGCCAAACCCCCCCCCCCCCCUUCCGCAACAACCUGAACCAUCAUUUUGGGUAACAUGGAACCAACAACAGGCACAGAAUAUUGAUUGCCUAUGCACACACACCCAAUACCUAGCCUGUCUGCACCAUCAUCUCCCGAGACUGUGUAGAAACACAAGCAGGCUCAAUGUCCAGCUAUGCAGAGUCGCAAACAGUAUGGAGCAGAUGAGAGCAGAUAACAGCCAACUUAUUGUUACCUUUCAGCGCAUAAUGGAUGAGCAACACCACCAUCAACAUGCCCUCAUUCAGUUAAUUCAAAGUAAUCAAAUUAUAUCAGAAACCAUGUCUCGCAUCAUAGACAACAACACAACUGCCACAACACAACUUACGGCAACCCUGGCUAACCUCAGUCAAAAUAUUAAUUUGUUGGCACAACACCAACAAGGUUCCAGCUCAGGGACCAACACACCUACACAGACCCCAAUUUCAUCACCAGUUCGAAGAUCAAGCCGAACCCGCUCCACUGCCCAAACCAAACCCACGUCAGCCACCAAAGAACAGCCUAAGAAAUAGGCCACCCUGCAGCUGGAGACACAUUGUUGACAAAACUAGGUCUACACAAUAGCAGUUAUUUGUAAUGAAAACACAUGUUGUACAGUAAUAAAUGUGAAAAGUGAUUGAUGUGCAAUGUGUUAUGUGCAAAAAACUGUCAGUGUAAGAGGAAAUUUUUUAGAGUUAACACUCACAUGUGUUGGGAAUAUUCUAGCAUCAUUACUAACAUGAACGUUUACCACAUCACAGCCAUAAUUAUGUGUAAACAAUUUUG